CUGUGUCCGACCUCUGCUGUCUGGUGAGUCUACUCUGGCACAACGUUUGCCACAACCCUCUGUUCCACACACUGGACUUGUCUUUUGACCCGAUGGACGUACAAUACCUGACGGCUGGAUGGCCUCACUUGACCUUCACCCGUAUCACCGCCUGGAUCACAGCCUUCAUUACGUUCGAGCGGUGUCUGUGUAUUGCCUUGCCUCUGAAGGUGAAGACCCUCAUCACGCCAAAACGAGUGGCCAUCGUCAUCGUUUCCCUGUUCGUCAUUCUCAUCGCCAGCGUUUCUCCGGUCUACUACGCCAACAGGAUCGGGCCCAAGUUCCUCCCAGCUCGCAACAAGACAGUGAUAGGCCUAGUCUUUACUCACGACCGCGAGGAGGUGGAAGAAAUCUCCUACGCUGUGAACAACGUCCUCGUACCCUUCGGCGCUUUUCUCGUCGUCAUCGUCUGCACGGUGAUUUUGGUCGUCAAGCUUCGCGGCAAAACGAAAUGGCGGAACAAAUCGGUGUCAGCGGGAAAAUCAGACAACUUCACCAGCCGUGAUCAAAAAGUGGCCAAGAUGGUGAUGAUGAUUUCUACGUUAUUCAUCAUUUGCUUCACUCCCAUUUCUAUCAGUUUCAUUGGGAUGACCAUCGAACGUGAAAUCUCUAUACACGGCAGGUAUCGUAACUUGUUCAUUGUGUUGUUUUCCUUCGGCUAUAUCCUGGAAUCGGCAAAUUCUGCUCUGAACAUUUUUAUAUACUACGAAAUGAGCUCCAAAUACCGGACAGUAUUUGAUCAGACCUUUAGAAGAAAAUGUGCUAGCCAAGUCAAGGACAUUGAGAUGUCUUCAGCUCCCUGAACAAAGAACAGCCAAGCCCGGCACCACGAAUUCUGGUUUAGUAAUACUAUAGAUGUAGCCAUCUACAGCCAUGUUAAUACUUAGAUAAUGUUUCAUUAAAACCCUGCCCGAGCUCUGUGCUUCUGUCUGAGCUAUGUGUGGUGCUUCACGUUAACUUGGACGUUUGGCAAUUCUUGUUGGUCGCUUUUAAGCACAAGGG